AUGACUUCGGCUCCAGAUCUAGCUCGUGGCUUCGUACAAUUUUCGCUGCAUGGCGAGGCACAAGCGCCACCAGCUCAAAGUCACCAAAUCGGGGACGCACAUAGCGCUGGAGACAAUGAAACUUACAGCUCUACAACACCGGCUAGCUCUGAGGACAUUGCUUGUGCGCUUUCAGAACUCUCCUUCGACACAGACUCCACGGGUGGUGCUAGCGUUCAGCCUGCGCUAGACGAGCUGCCGCCGCUUGAGUACGACGAUGACCGCUCGGAAGGCGACGCUGCCAGCGCGAUCACCGACAAUGAGAGCAUCGUGUCGUUCGGCACGGCGGAUGAGGGAGGAAACAUACCUCUGCAGCAGGUCGUUGCGGCGAACAGGCCGCAGCCGCUGCAUGAGCAUAAUCUCGUUCUCCGCAACUUACUCGCGGAAGCUGCUGCAGACCAAGACGGCGCGCUACUUGAGCAUCAUCCAUUGGCCAGGAUGCUGAUCUCGAAAGAUGACGCCUGGUCGACGCCAAAUGCGCAAUUCGGCGAAGGACGCGCAGCGCACUCCGCCCACCUGACAGUGCUUGUGUCGGACGUUGGGAGACUUUAUCCACAUGCUUGA